UUCCAGUUCUUCCUGUGUUCAGUUUAUGUCCCGAUGUGCACAGAGAAGAUUAACAUCCCCAUAGGUCCCUGUGGUGGCAUGUGCCUCUCUGUCAAAAGACGAUGUGAACCCGUUUUAAAAGAAUUUGGAUUUGCCUGGCCAGACAGCCUCAACUGCAGCAAAUUCCCACCCCAGAAUGAUCACAACCACAUGUGCAUGGAGGGCCCAGGAGACGAAGAGGUUCCCCUUCACAGCAAAACCUCCUUGCAACCUGGAGAAGAGUGCCACAGCAUGGGAUCUAACUCGGAUCAGUACAUCUGGGUGAAGAGAAGCUUAAACUGUGUCCUGAAGUGCGGCUAUGAUGCUGGUCUCUACAGCAGGUCAGCUAAGGAAUUCACAGAUAUCUGGAUGGCUGUGUGGGCCAGUCUUUGCUUCAUCUCAACUGCCUUCACAGUCCUGACCUUCCUGAUUGAUUCAACCAGAUUUUCCUACCCGGAGCGUCCAAUCAUAUUUUUGAGCAUGUGCUACAAUAUUUAUAGCAUUGCUUAUAUUGUGAGGCUAACUGUGGGCCGGGAAAGGAUAUCCUGUGAUUUUGAAGAGGCAGCAGAACCUGUUCUUAUCCAAGAAGGUCUUAAGAACACAGGAUGUGCUAUAAUUUUCUUGCUGAUGUACUUUUUCGGGAUGGCUAGCUCCAUCUGGUGGGUUAUUCUGACACUGACGUGGUUUCUGGCUGCAGGACUCAAGUGGGGCCACGAAGCUAUUGAAAUGCACAGCUCAUAUUUCCACAUUGCAGCCUGGGCGAUCCCGGCGGUGAAGACCAUUGUCAUACUGAUUAUGAGACUAGUAGAUGCAGAUGAGCUCACCGGUCUUUGCUAUGUUGGGAACCAGAACCUAGAUGCGCUGACGGGCUUUGUUGUCGCUCCACUUUUUACCUACCUUGUCAUUGGGACUUUAUUCAUUGCAGCAGGACUUGUGGCCUUAUUUAAAAUCAGGUCGAAUCUCCAGAAAGAUGGAACUAAAACUGACAAACUGGAAAGACUGAUGGUCAAAAUCGGUGUCUUUUCAGUGCUGUACACCGUCCCAGCAACAUGUGUCAUUGCCUGUUAUUUCUACGAAAUCUCUAACUGGGCUGUUUUCCGCUAUUCCGCAGAUGAUUCCAAUAUGGCAGUGGAGAUGCUCAAAAUUUUCAUGUCCCUUUUGGUGGGUAUUACAUCAGGUAUGUGGAUCUGGUCAGCCAAAACUCUGCACACGUGGCAGAAGUGCUCGAACAGACUGGUGAACUCAGGGAAAGUGAAACGGGAGAAGAGAGCAGAUGGUUGGGUGAAACCUGGGAAAGGGAAUGAGACUGUGGUAUGAGAAAAGGAUGACACCUCGAUGGUUGAUGGUCUGACUGCUCUCCUGUGAAGGACUGCCCGUGUGUAAGCGUUGCUGUGUAAAUGUUGGGAGUAGAGUAGGGAGACAGUUACACAUCCUGUCUCUAGGAAAUGGAAAAAAAAGCCUUAAAGAAUAAACAGCAAAAAGAUCAU